AGUGAAAACAACGAAACGAUAACUUCAAGCUCAACUGUAAUCGUGUAUUUCAACACAUCACGAGGACCUAACAACUAACUUCUUCAAAACAUCCGACAAAUUCAUACAUUGCCGAGGAUUUGGUCUGCAAUCCUUCAAAGGGGAUUCCCUGUAAGAAGAUCCUACUUGCUGACUGACUGGUUUAAUGGAACAAGGAACGAACGCCGCGUAUACCAACAGUUGCUGAUCGACUGUCGUAGAAAUGGCAAUUCACAGUCAAACAUUACUGGGAUAAUGCUCCAAGCGCAGCUGCCACCGUUUCGCUGGCGAUGAUUUACAAACAGAAGUGAAGGACGAUAAGUGUGUGUGUGUGUGACAUCCUUUCCGUCCGGGAAGUAGUGAGACAGCAGUGAGACGCUUGCAGGGCGAUUAAGUUAUUCCAGACACCGUGGUGUCUGCUCAGUGAUCGCUUUUUUUUGGGGUAGGAUCCCACCACCAAGUCGCCGUUCUUAUUGUUUGUAUUCGACAACGACGACGACGACGGGGACACGACACCUGAAUGAUAUCCUUGUCCUCGGGUUUCUGACGAGUGCACUGUGAACAAACAGAAAGUAAAAACACAACGGUGGAGGAGGGUUUGCGCAAGCGCGCGAACCGUGGCAGUGUGUGAUACAGCAGCCCCGUACACAUACAGCAGGAUAGUCAAACAAGUGGCCAUCCGCAGUAGGAGGAGGGUCGGGGGGCAAGGGUCAGAGUUGGGUUUGCCUAUAUAAAACGGGAGGCGGCCGGAGAAAUUGCGUCCAGUGAAUGCCGGGCCACCGGAUGGGAAGCGAGAAAAAAUCAGAAAGGAGAGUCAGUUGUACCUGUGCUGUGCCGCACCCAGUGUGCAGCUAAUUGCUUCGCAUCCUUGGCCACACCUGCCCCAGACGGGGCCCAGGUGGGACGUGAAAACGUAAAGCAAGUCCCCGUGUAAAUGUUUUAGGCCGUUGGAAGCGUUAGUUGGUGCGUUAGUGAAGAAUAUUUUUGAUUUAAAUUACCGGUGUCCUAGGCUGUGUAAAUAGAACUGAAACACCACCGCGGUGUGCAUUGUUGUGUGCUUUGUGUGUAAAAGUCUACAAUCAAAGCAAGCCGCCAAGAACCGUCUAUCAACCUGCAAACGAAUCCUGAAUUUUCUGUGAAAGAAACAUUGAACACACAAUCAACAACAACUCUCCUCCAGCAGAUCAAGCUUUUGCCGGUGUUUUGUGUGUGUGUGUGUGUUUGUAAAACGAUGGUGGUCGCCGCCGGUCACCAACGCGCCCCGCUGGCGCUAGAGCGGUCGUCCGGCAGGGAAGAGUAACGCGCGGACGCCACACGGCGCUAAGGAGCAAAUGUCGGCCAGUGGUGGCGACGGUAUAGACUGCGAUCAGCACGAUCAACCGGUGGCAAGGCAGCUCUGCGCUGCCCUGCCCGUCGUGGCCGCCGCUAGCCCGCGAGCACGUGCCGUGAACACAAACACAACACAAAUUUAAACUGAAACCGUCCGGCGGGAGCAGUUCCUAACACACCGUGGGCAGAGCUAAGCUAAGGAGGGGCAAGCAAGCAGAGAGAAACGAUUGCUCCCGUACUACUCCUGUGCAAACGCAGGAAGAACCACACAAAGCUGUAAAGAUGGCCGACGACGACAGCAGCAGCAGUAAAGGUGGUACGGAGCAGGAGGGAGGCGCAAGUGGUGGCGGUACGGCGGAGGGUGCCGCCGGCGCCGCCGCCGCCAGCAGCGCGGACGGUUCGUCGCCGUCCGCCGGCCGCAAGCCGCUGUCGGUGGCGCGGCUCAAGGAGAAGGGCAAGAAGCUGGCGUCGGCCCACAUCCACCGGGAGCUGGCGGUGAACGGGACGUCCGACAGCCUGAACCGGCUGCUGGACGAGCUGCUGUCGCCCGAGAGCCAGAUCUCGCUCAGCGAAAACAUCGAAUGGUGCCGGUGGUUGGUCGCCGGCGGCCGCACGCCCGCCGAGUUCGCCUCGAUCGUGCGAGCGUACGACAACCACGCCAAGUGUGGGCUGGUGUGGAUACCGCACGUGGUCGCGUACCGGUGCCGGACGUGCGGCAUCUCCCCGUGCAUGUCGAUCUGUCGCGACUGCUUCAAGCGGGGCAACCACCAGAACCACGACUUCAACAUGUUCCUGUCGCAGGCGGGCGGGGCCUGCGACUGCGGCGACACGUCCGUGAUGAAGGCGGAGGGCUUCUGCAGCGACCACGGGCUGAACAACUGCCAGAACAAGGCGCCCGUCCCGGACGACCUGAUGCUGGUGGCGGAGGCGAUGAUGCCGCGGCUGAUCCUGCGCAUGCUGCUGCACUUCCGCGAGUACAGCGCGAGCAACCUCGACUCGGACGACUGCCACCGGACGGCCGAGUACUGCAACGACUACUGCGCGAUGCUGAUGGAGUUCAACAACAUGGGCGAGCUGAUGCGGCGCGUCAUGACGCGCACGCUGAUCGACCGGGGCGUGUACCGGCGGCUGCUCGACCCGCCGUACCCGUCGCCCCGGUACGGCAAGUACAUCCGCGACGGGUGGCUGCAGUACGAGGAGGCACUGCGCCAGUUCCCGUCGCCGGAGCCGCCGCCCGACUACGCCCACCUGGCGGCGCUCGGGCGCACGAUCGUGCACGAGACGCUGCUGGAGGAGUUCAUCUUCUGGACGUUCAAGUACGAGUUCCAGCAGCAGAUCGUCUGCUUUCUGCUGAACAUGCUGCCCGACCAGGACUACAAGGAGCAUCUGACGCGCACGUUCGUGAUGCACUACUGCCGCAUCCCGAGCGUGCUGGAGCUGUCCAGCGAUCCGGACACGCUCAGCAACCGGGUGGUGCACAUGAGCGUGCAGCUGUUCUCGAACGAGAGCCUCGCGCUCAAGAUGGUCGAGGAGCUGUCGCUGCUGCACGUGAUGAUCAUCAGCCUGCGGCAGAUGAUGUCGAAGAUACUGACGCCCCACACGCUACACACGCCCGAGCACAACUUCCACUACGUGGUCGACUGUGCGGAGCGGGUGAUGAAGGAGCACUGUUACUGGCCGCUGGUGUCCGAUUUCAACAACGUGCUGUCGCACGAGUCUGUCGCGCUCGUCUUCCUCAAGGACGACGAUCUGAUCGACAUGUGGUUCCAGUUCCUAUCGAUGUUGCAAGGAAUGAAUGUAAACAUUCGCGAAAUCAUCAGCCAUGUCGAGUUCGAGUCGAGUUCCUACUAUGCCGCCUUCAGCUGCGAGCUCGAGGCGAGCGCCUACCCGAUGUGGUCGAUCAUCUCGCACCUGCAGGAUCCGUCCCACGCGCCGCUGGCGAAGAAGAUCAUGAUGUACUGCGUGAACUAUCUGCAGGACUGGCUCGAUGCGAUCAACUUCUACCAGCAGCCCCGGUUCGAGAAGGAUGAAAUGUCCCGUGCGUCGUUCCACUUUCCGCUCCACCGCUAUCUGGCCGCGUUCAUCUGCCAGGGCGUCAAGACGAUGGGCAUGUCGCUGAACGACAUCUUGCCGUCCGCGGAUCUGCUGCCGAAGCUGAUGAUGCAUCCACUGCGCGUGCAGAGCCUAUUCUACGAGAUCCUGUCCGGCGUGUGGGUGCGGAACGGGCUGCAGAUCAAGGGCCAGGCGAUGACGUACAUCCAGGCGAACUUCUGCAACUCGAUGGUCGACAUGGACCUGUUCUUCCUGCAGAUCUGCGCGACCCAGCUGCCGCCCAAUCUGUUCGUCAGUGAGUGCAUCCUGAUGUUCGGCGUGGAGGACUGGCUCGGCAUGAGCGUGCUGAGCACGCCGCCCGAGAUGGAGCAGGACUCGAUGCUCGAGGGGCUGCUCACCUUUCUCGCGACGCUCAUCACGUCCCGCAUCAACCUCGGCAACGACGAGACGACGCAGUGCAUGAUCGAGAUCAGUGCGCUGCUCGCGACCGGCGAGAAGACGCACAGCCAGCUGCUCGAGCUGAUGCCGGAGCGGAGCGGCAACGCGCACACGCGCAACUUCGAGCGCUACCUGAAGGAGCUGUCGAUCUACCGGCCGCCGCCGGUCGGCUCGGAAAACCUCGAGCAGGGCCUGUUCAUGCCGGUGCCGGCCGUCUGGGAGCGCCACUACGAUCCGCUGCACGUGUUGCUGCGGGCGGUGCACCGGCGCGACUUCCAGAACUCGCUCGACCGGUUCGGCGCGUACGUGAAGCAGGCGGGCAAGAUGCCCCGGAGCGGCAACCUGUGGCCCCCGUUCCGGCUGCCGGGCUCGUGCGGCCCGGCGUACAGCGAUCCGGGCGCGCUGCUCGGCUCGCGCAUCCUGCACGCCACGCUGCUGGCCAUCUUUUACCGGGCGGUGCACAAGCACAACGUGUCGGAGCAUCUGCUCGCGCUCGCCGUCUUUCUGCUCGAGAUGGCGGUGUGCAAUGCGGGCGGUGCGAACGGCGGGGAGCCGGCCAGCAGCCGGUCGACGGCGGAACCGGCCGCCACCAGCAAAACGAUCGAGGAGCAGACGGGCCGCCCAUCGGUGAUUGGGUGCGGCGGGGAGCCGGUGCCCGAUCUGCUCAACUGCUACCCGAGCAACUGUCUGAGCGACAAUCUGAAGAUGACGGUGAAGCGCAUCUCGCUGCUGCCGGCGAUGCGCCGCUCGCCCGUGUCGUACCGGCCGCUGGACGGGGGCAGCCCCCCGUUCGACAGUGACGUCGAGUGGGACCUGUCCGAGGACGAGACGCUCAUGAUGAUUGGCGGCAAUGCGGAGAGCGACCAGGCGGCCGGUGCUGGAGCCGCCACGACCACUGCAGCGCAGGGUGGCGCGGUGGAGCGGGCAGGAGGCAGAGGGCCGUCCGGGGCUGCGGGGGUCGAGCAGCGGCUGGUGCCGGCGCGUGCCAUCAACAGCGUGGAGGUGGUGCCGCUGACGCAGGACCUGACGCCGAUGGCGAACGCGGGCCUCGUGUUUACUGCGCGCCGACAGGCCGCCAUCCAUGCACCGCCGGCCGCAUCAACCACCAGUACCAGCCAGAUGGUGGUGGAGGAGGAGGAAGACGACGAAGAGCACGUGCAGGUGGGGGAGGGAGAGGAGGAGAAUGGUACGGGAAGUAGUGGGCAGCCGAUCGCGAACGAUAUGGAGGCGAGACGGCGCCGCUGGCAUUUGUUCCAGCGGCUGCUUGGGCAGCAGCCGGGCGCAACACCGACGGCGACAGCAACCACGACGACGACGGUGGAACCACAGGACGAAGAUAUGCCCGCCUACCACGUGAUGGAUUCGGACGGGGACGUUGUGGUGGAGGAGGAGGACGAGGAGGAGGAUGCGCAGCAGCAGCAGCAGCAGCCGAGCGAACUGUUGGCGAUGCGCGCCCGCUACCUGAUGCUCGAGCGGAGGCGCAGCAGCAUCGGCAACGCGAACGUCGUCCAGCCCGCCGACGUGGACGAGUACAUCGACGUCGAGGCGGAGGACGACGGUGGCGAGGACGAAGCAGCCGAACAGGAGGGCGAAGGUGGAGACCGGCGGCGUCGCCGCCCGUCCGAGAACGGCGCACGCCGCCGCCGGAUGGACGAGGACGACGAGGACGGCGGCGACGAGGCGACCGACAUUGCCGACAUCCAGUCGAUCGUGCCGCGGGCCACGCUGGUUGGCAGCCGGACCCGCUCGGUGCAGCUGGGCCGGCGGCGAACGGCGGCGAGUGGCGCUGGUGGUGGGGGACUGCUGCAUCACCACCAUCAUCACCAUCACCACCAUCACCAUCAUCCUUCGGCGGGCGUCGGGCCCGGGUCGCUCAUACGCGCCACCGCCACUGGCGGCGGCGACAGCGCCGGCGGUCCGGCCCGGGCGACCGAGUUUAUCGUGGAGGAGGCGGCGGACGACGUGCCGGCGGGCGGCCCGACCGGCGUAGAACUGAUGAUCCGGCACGAGUUUGUGCCGGUGCCGGGCGGCGAAAUCGGCGGGCAGGAGAUAGCGAUACCGCAGCAGCAGCAGCAGCGUGCCCUGACGCCGCCCGUGUUCGGUGCGGCUGGCGCUGGUGCGGUGGAAGCGACCGGUGGUAUGCUGCUGCCGUUUAACCGGGCAGCGGCGGCGGUGGCGGCAGCGGCGGCGGCAUCGUCCUCUUCGUCGCCGGCCGCCACGGCAGCGACGGCGGUUGGCACGAGCGGCAGCCUGAGCGUGGUGCCGCAGCAGCCAAACCAGCUGCAGAGCUACUACCACGCGAACCACCAUCACCAUCACCACCAUCACCAUCGGCACCAUCACCAUCACCAUCAUCACAGCGGCGUAGCGGGCACAGGAGGUGGAGUAGGAGGAGGAGGAUCGGGCGGGGCACAGCACGGGGCGCAGUCGCUGGCGCAGCAAACGCCCCGCCACUACCAUCGCAGUUUGCAGCCGGCGGGUGGUGGUAGCGCCGGUGCUGCCAGUGCUGGCGGGGCACGCGGGACGGGUGGUGCGGGAGGUGGGCAAGCGAACUGGACGCGGUUCAAGCGGCGCAACAUGAUGGCGAACCACCACGGCCGGCAGCAGCAGCAGCAGCACCAGCCCGGUAGUGCGGGUGGCGUCGGCGAGAUGACGACGCGCGAGGGCGCAGGUAGGCCGGCCGGCCGGGAAGGCAACAGCGAGAGCGACACGAUCGUGCUGGAGGAGUCGAUCAUCUCGCUGCUGCUGAAGCUGCACUCGCAGCUGAGCGGCGCGCUGGACAGCUUCUCGCUCGACGACGAAACGGAGGACGAGCUGACGGCGGCGGCGGCAGCAAGCAGUGGCGGUAGCACUGCAUCGACCAGCGGCAGCAGCCAGCAACCUUCUGGGACGGGCGUGCCGUCGUCGUCCAGCGCCGGCCAGCGGCAGCAGCCCGACGGCGACCACGCCAAGAUGGAGCUGGACGAGGAGGAGACGCCCGCCGGCAGCAGCCGAGGUGAGGAAACUACUAGUCAGCAGCAGGGAGCACCGCCGCACCGGGGCCGGGGCCGCAUCUCCGACUCGCGCAUCGGCGACGGGCCGUUCUUCAUCGGCAAUCUGCUGCGCAAGAUAGCCGCGCUGGACGCCACGUGCGCGGUGCGCAUCGAGCAGAUCCGGGCGGAGCUGUGGCCGAACCAAAGAGAGCGGCAGGCGGAGCAGAAGGCGCGCGAGGCGCGCGAAAAGGAGGAGCGCACCAAGCGGGCCAAGGAGCGGCAGAAGAAGAUGAUGGAGGAGUUCGCGAACCGGCAGAAGCGGUUCAUGCUGCUCGCGAUGGCCUCGAUGGGCGGUGGCGGCGAUUCGUCCGGCAUGGAUUUCGGCUUCGGCGAGGAGGAGUCCACGGGGGCGGCGGCGGCGGCAGGAACCGACGGUGAGUCGGCGGCGGCCGCAGCAGCGGCAGCACGGGCCGCGGCGGAGCGACAGGCGGCGGAGGAGCAGCAGGCGGAAGCGCUGCGCGAGAAGGAGUACGACUGCAUCAUCUGCAACACGUCCGGCCCGAGCACGGAGACGAACCCGAUCGGGCUGGUCGUGCUGGUCGAGUCGAGCAGCGUGGUGGGGCACCGGCGCACGCGCCCCGAGCGGCUCGCGCUGCCCCUGUCCCGCGACGACCAGGCCCGGCUCGCGGACAGUGUGACGCUCGCGAGCGAGUUCAACAAGCGCAUCGAGCUGCUGCAGUGGAAGUUCGGCCAGACGUCCUGGUUUCUGUCGCACAACAUCGGCUGGGACGGGGGCGUGCACAUCCAGUCCUGCGGGCACCACGUGCACCUGUCCUGCCAGGACGCGUACCUCAAGUCGCUGCACACGCCCCGCAGCCCGAACAAUCUGAACGUAGAGCUGGGCGAGUUCUUCUGUCCCGUGUGCCGGCAGCUCGCCAACUCGGUGCUGCCGCUCAGCCCGGCGCUGGACCGGCCAGCGCCGCUGAUACGGGCGCCGACGCCGCCCCACCACACGCUCGUGCUCGAGCUGAUCCAGCUGUUCCAGGAGAGCAAGCGGGCCCCGAUGGCGAGCAAGUUCUGCGAGGCGAUGGGGCGCGCCAUGGGCAACAUUACCGCCUGCACGCAGCGCAUCAUCAAGAGCUACCCGGUGACGCUCCAGAGCCUGUUCUCGUUCGUGCUGUCGAUCGCGCGCACCAACCUGGAGGCGGAGGUGAUCCAGCGGGGCGGCUCGCUCUGCAGCACCGAGGACAUCCGGUACAAGCCGAAGCGGGACUGCAUCGUGCCGCUGCUGCACGUGCUGUCGCUGCACGUCCGGCUGAUGAUCAACGACGACUGGCCGAUCCGGUUCAAGGUCGGCGACGACUGGCCGUGGCACUCCUGGUCCCGGCUCGCCGGCAUCCAGCUCGCGUACGACGGCGUGGAGGUGGGCGUGGAAGCGCACGAAACGUCCUUCGACCGGCUGGCGGUGGUGCCGGCGCGCACUGGCACUGCUGCUGCCACUAGCAACACCCCCACGAAGGCUGCCCGCCACGACGAGCGUGUCGAUGAGGAGCGGGACGAUGAGGAGGACGAUGAUGAUGACGAUGAUGACGACGAGGAGGAGGAGGAUGAUGAUGAUGACGAGGAGGAGGAGGAUGACUGGAACGACGCGGAAGACCAGUACACGGAGUUUCUGCGCGACAUGCUGUUGCGAGCGCCGUCCGGCUCAACGGCCGACGGUGCUGCUGCUGCUGCAGCCUCCGGUUCGCCUUCAGCCGCCGUGUCAUCGUCGGCGGCAGCGUCCGCCACUGCCGACACGACGAAAGCGGCCGCCGCCACGAGCACGAUCGUCGACACGGAAACCAUACCCGAUCUGAUCAGCGAUCCGACCGCGCUGCUGCUCAAGUUUAUCCUGCUCGCGCCGCUCCAUCUCGAUCAAGCUUACUUUACCUGUAUCGUGAAGGUGACGUACAACCUGCUGUACUACCAGAUCGUCCUGCAGCUCUGCACCCAUCUGACGGAGGAGGAGUGCGACGAGAUACUGGGGCGGUACGGGCCGACCGCCCAGCCGCCGCCGGCGGUGGUGCGCGAGCGGGGUGUCCCGCACAUCGGCGUCGCGAUGGCGUUCGUGCUCAGCCAGCUAGACCGCUGCCGGCACAUCCGCAGCGACAGCGUGCUGAUGGGCGAGUUCGGUGGCGAGGGCGACGGUGGCGGUUACGAGUCGACCAGUGGCGGUGGCACCGCGAAGCGCCUCAACCUGGACGUGUACGAGAAGCGGCUGCAGCGGCUAUGUCUGCCGUUUUUGCGCGUCGCUGCCCUGCUCCGGCACCACAUCUACCGGGCGGAGAUACCGGACAUUGCUGGGCCGCAGCUCGAGUUCGCCCGGCUCGUUUACUUCCUCGAGCUGGUGACCGUCUCGAUGGACUGGGACAAGUUUAACGCGAGCAGGGCGCUCUGCUUCCUGCCCGGGACCGAGCUGGCCCUGCCGAAGAACUGGUGCGACCAGCUGCGCAACCUGCGCCCGACCUACGAGUCGACCCGGUCGCUGAUCGUCCAGCAGCACAUCGACUGGCGCCAGCCGAAGCUGCUCGGGCUGCCCCGCGAAUACGAGCGGCUGUUUACGUACUAUCACGAGCAACCGUGCCAGAAGUGUCAGAACGUGCCGAAGGAAAGCUCCAUCUGUCUGCUGUGCGGCACGAUCGUGUGCAUCAAGCAGUCGUGCUGCAAGGUGCGGGACUACUGCGAGGCAGUGCGGCACUCCAUUAGCUGCGGCGGCGGGACGGGCAUCUUUCUCGUGAUCACCUCGACCUACAUCAUCGUCAUUCGGGGCCACCGGGCGUGCCUGUGGGGUUCGCUCUACCUGGACGACUACGACGAGGAGGAUCGUGAUUUGAAGCGCGGCAAACCACUGUAUCUUAGCGAGGAUCGGUUCAAUCUGCUCGAAUCGCAGUGGCUGUCGCACCGGUUCGCCCACACCAAGCACAACUGGGUGUGGCAUCGGGAUUCGCUGUAAAAAAAAACACAGCGCACACAUAAACAGACAUCUGCAGCCCGGGAAGGCGUACCGGGGACAGGACACAGGACAAGUUGCGAUCGCAAAGGAGUCACACGGCCACGUACGCGCACUGUGGGGCGAAAGGCGCAAUUAGAGCCAGCGAUCGAUCCGCGCGUGCGUGUGUGUGUGUGUUUGAGUGUAUGCGUGUCUGUGUGUAUGUGUAUGUACGUUUUGUGAUAUUUUUCUACAACUACAGCAAGGGUUUUGUUCAGCGUUUGCCAUGGCACGGCAAACAAAAACGAAAACGCAUAGGUCCGAGGGGCGACGCGGACACUGUGUGUGAGUGAUCGCGACGCUGCUCAUCGAGGUGUGUUGUCCCGUGUGUCCCCAUCGCUGUUUCAACCUUCCACUCCCCAUCCAGGACGCAGGCUCUCGGUCUGCACAUACUCGCACACCACGCACUUCCCUUCCUUUGCGUCCAAACAUCCGCCACCGGCCCAGGGGGGAUACACACACACACACAAGUACUCAGUACGUACAGUGCAAAGAGAGAGAGAGAGAGAGAGAGAUAGAGAGAACGAUCGAUAGAGAUUAAGGUGACGAUGUAGGAAAGGCAAAACUCCCCGUUUUGUGACCGUUAAAGCGUAAACAUCAAAAUUGGUAGCAUUGUGUGACGAAAUUGUGAUAUAUAUAUACUCCUUUUCGCGCGCGCGCGCGCGCGUGUUUGUGUGUGUGUGUGUGUGUGUGUGUGUGUGUGUGUGUGUGUGUGUGUGUGUGUGUGUGUGUGUGUCGCAUUGUCUUGUUGCGAUUUAUGUUUGUCUCCUGCUUCAGUUGCACCCCAAUCCAACCCUACCAAAAAAGCGCAUUAUUAAGUCGUUGCUCCGGCCGCGACCCACUUAUCCUUUUCUCACACCCACACACACACACACACACACACACACGGACAAACAAUAUAUGUUUGUUAUUUGAUUUUGGGUUGUCGCAGCGCAGCGCUGCUUUCGAAAGGUUUGCAAAAUGAAAGCAAAACAAAAAAGGGAACUGGAAAUCAA